AUCAACUUUGUGUAAGUCGCCGACUGCACUCACGAUAAGUCCUAGUCGACGAUGAUACUCAUCGGCGAUGCUAUCUUAUGUAUCAGCAUGCCCUUGCCCUAGACAUUGUCGGCGAUGCCCCUCCGCAGCAGCCCACGAUUUGAAAAAGGAAACAAAAGAAGAUCACUCCUCCAUUUCCAGCCCAACACCCUCCUUCCCUUCACAUCUUCCUCACGCCACAACAAUCGUCAGUAGAGAAAGGUGAAUAUUCCUAGCUGCUUAACAAGGAAAUACUAAUUUUCUAUCCCUUAGAUGGCUGCCAACAAGGAAGAGGGUGUGUCCCCUGUGGACAACGCCACCAACAGCAACAACAACAAUAACAACAACACCUCCGCUGUUGCUGCCCCCGCUGCCGCCGUUGCCCCUGCUGCCCCCGCUGCCCCCGCUGUUGCUGGUUCCGCUGCUGCCCCUGCUGCCGCCGUUGCCCCUGUUGCCCCCGGUGCCUCCGGUGCCUCCGGUGCCGCUGGUGCCGCUGGUGCCGCUGGUGUCCCUGCUUCUGCUGCUGCCACCAACGCCGCCGCCGCCGCCGCUCGCGCCCGAGUCCUAGGUCUCUUGGCUGGGUGCAGCCCACGCUUUUGGGAAAGCCUGAUCCAGACCCGGCAGGUGGUUAAAUAUAAGUGCACUGAGCACAAGUGGGGUCACCCGACCACACCCUGCGGCACCAUAAUCACCGCCAAGGAUCGCAACAUCCUCUCCCACCUCUCCAAAAUGCACCGAGGAAACUCGGCAUACAAGCGCGCUGCUAGCACAGACCGACCAGUCAGGCGCUGUAUCAGAGGAGAUUGCGACCGUGGCCCGUGGAGCAACCUCAACUCCUACAACGAGCACGUCCGGAAUUCCCAUGGUCUGGACAUGACCGAGGCUCAGAUCAUGGGCAACCUAAAGGCGAAUGCACGUCUUCGCAACGACCAAAGCGACGCCUGGUACGAUUACGCGCCGCCUGAGGGCAAAAAGACCACGACCCGCAGGCAGAAGCGCGAGACGCAGGAGGCCGAGGAGGGCGCUAGAAAGCGUCGAAGGACUAGAUCCACAAGACGAGUCGUGUUGAGUUCGGAUUCGGAGUCAGAUUCGGACAAGGGGUCGGACGAGGAGCCGCUCCCUGAGGGCCCUUUUUUCUGGGACGGUCAUGAGAACGGCGGUCGGGACGGCGCUGGUGGUGCUGGUGGUGGUAUGGUUACUUAAAUACCAACCACCACAUGCACAGGCAAAGGCACAGGCACAGGAUGCAUUGAUAGCCGGCACAAGAAGGCAUUGCCUUGACAUCACCAACUCCACAACGUGUUGACCUUAGCUUGUAGCUAGGUCUAGAUGCUCCUCCCUAGAACCUCGAGUUAUCUGCUUUCAAUACUCCCGCCUUCGGGCACCGUCUGGGCAAAGAUUUGGAACCAUGGACGAGUCAACCGAAUCAUCCCACUACGAGGGCCGGCUGUUUCAUUUGUUUCUCUUCUCAC